GCUCCCGGAGGCCGCAGCCUCGCGCUCCGCUCGCGCUCUCGCCGCUCCUGCCGUCUCGCCCGGCCCCGCGCUCCGCCGCCUCCUCUCCGCCCGCCCCUCUGCCAGCCCCGGGGACCGUGCGGCCGGAGCCUGAGCCAGGGCCCCCUCCCUCGUCAGGACCGGGGCAGCAAGCAGGCCGGGGGCAGGUCCGGGCACCCACCAUGCGAGGCGAGCUCUGGCUCCUGGUGCUGGUGCUCAGGGAGGCUGCCCGGGCGCUGAGCCCUCAGCCCGGAGCAGGUCACGAUGAGGGCCCAGGCUCUGGAUGGGCUGCCAAGGGGACCGUGCGGGGCUGGAACCGGAGAGCCCGAGAGAGCCCUGGGCAGGUGUCAGAGCCGGACAGGACCCAGCUGAGCCAGGACCUGGGUGGGGGCACCCUGGCCAUGGACACGCUGCCAGAUAACAGGACCAGGGUGAUGGAGGACAACCACAGCUAUUAUGUGUCCCGUCUCUAUGGCCCCAGCGAGCCCCGCAGCCGGGAACUGUGGGUGGAUGUGGCUGAGGCCAACCGGAGCCAAGUGAAGAUCCACACAAUACUCUCCAACACCCACCGGCAGGCUUCGAGAGUGGUCUUGUCCUUUGAUUUCCCUUUCUACGGGCAUCCUCUGCGGCAGAUCACCAUAGCAACUGGAGGCUUCAUCUUCAUGGGGGACGUGAUCCAUCGGAUGCUCACAGCUACUCAGUAUGUGGCACCCCUGAUGGCCAACUUCAACCCUGGCUACUCGGACAACUCCACAGUUGUUUACUUUGACAAUGGGACAGUCUUUGUGGUUCAGUGGGACCAUGUCUAUCUCCAAGGCUGGGAAGACAAGGGCAGUUUCACCUUCCAGGCAGCUCUGCACCGUGACGGCCGCAUUGUCUUUGGCUAUAAAGAGAUCCCUAUGUCUGUCCCGGAAAUCAGCUCCUCCCAGCAUCCUGUCAAAACCGGCCUAUCAGAUGCCUUCAUGAUUCUCAAUCCAUCCCCGGAUGUGCCAGAAUCUCGGCGAAGAAGCAUCUUUGAAUACCACCGCAUAGAGCUGGACCCCAGCAAGGUCACCAGCAUGUCGGCCGUGGAGUUCACCCCAUUGCCAACCUGCCUGCAGCAUAGGAGCUGUGACGCCUGCAUGUCCUCAGACCUGACCUUCAACUGCAGCUGGUGCCAUGUCCUCCAGAGAUGCUCCAGUGGCUUUGACCGCUAUCGCCAGGAGUGGAUGGACUACGGCUGUGCACAGGAGGCAGAGGGCAGGACGUGCGAGGACUUCCAGGAUGAGGACCACGACUUGGCCUCCCCUGACACUUCCUUCAGCCCCUAUGAUGGAGACCUCACCACUACCUCCUCCUCCCUCUUCAUCGACAGCCUCACCACAGAAGAUGACACCAAGUUGAAUCCCUAUGCAGGAGGAGACGGCCUUCAGAACAACCUGUCCCCCAAGACAAAGGGCACUCCUGUGCACCUGGGCACCAUCGUGGGCAUCGUGCUGGCAGUCCUCCUCGUGGCGGCCAUCAUCCUGGCUGGAAUUUACAUCAAUGGCCACCCCACAUCCAAUGCUGCGCUCUUCUUCAUCGAGCGUAGACCUCACCACUGGCCAGCCAUGAAGUUUCGCAGCCACCCUGACCAUUCCACCUAUGCAGAGGUGGAGCCCUCGGGCCAUGAGAAGGAGGGCUUCAUGGAGGCUGAGCAGUGCUGAGAACACCAAGUCUCCCCUUUGAAGACUUUGAGGCCACAGAAAAGACAGUUAAAGCAAAGAAGAGAAGUGACUUUUCCUGGCCUCUCCCAGCAUGCCCUGGGCUGAGAUGAGAUGGUGGUUUAUGGCUCCAGAGCUACUGCUUGCUUCGUCAGCACACCCCGAAUAUUGAAGAGGUGGCCAAAAAACAACCACAUGGAUUUUUUUGUAGGAACAACAACCUAAUCUCAUCCUGUUUUGAUGCAAGGGUUCUCUUCUGUGUCUUGUAACCAUGAAACAGCAGAAGAACUAACAUAACUAAUUCCAUUUUUAUUUAAGGGGCCUUUACCUAUUCCUGCACCUAGGCUAGGAUAACUUUAGAGCACUGAGAUAAAACGCAAAAACAGCAAUCAUGCCGUUUGCAAAACUAACUCUGGGAUUAAAGGGGAAGCAUGUAAACAGCUAACUGUUUUUGUUAAAGAUUUAUAGGAAUGAGGAGGUUUGGCUAUUGUCACAUGAGAGACUGUUAGCCAAGGACAAAGAAGUUCUGCAAACCUCCCCUGGACCCUUGCUGGUGUCCAGAUGUCUGCGGUUGUCAGCCCCUUCCUUUCCCCCUGACCUAAACAUAAAAGACUAGGCAAAGCCCGCAUAAUUUUAAGACGGUUCUUUAGGACAUUAGUCCACCAUCUUCUUGGUUUGCUGGCUCUCCGAAAUAAAGUCCCUUUCCUUGCUCCAACUCCUUGUCUCUCAACCUAUUGGCUGUGACGCAGCAAGCAGAAUGAAUUUGGACUCAGUUACAGGCUGUCAAUGGUUUGCUCUGUAGCAGUCUCAGAGCCUCCCCGACCCACUACCUGGAGAUAGCCAGAUAGCCAGAUGCCCUGCUCCUGGCCACCUUUGAAGCCCCUGCAUAUGACACAGGUUAACUAAAGUCAAGACUGGGGCUGCUGCAUUCCAGGGUCCCUAGACUCACAAGCUGGUCCUUGGCCGGGUGCGGUGGCUCAUGCCUGUAAUCCCAGCACUUUGGGAGGCUGAGGCAGGCGGAUCACCUGAAGUCAGAAGUUUGAGACCAGCCUGGCCAACAUAAUGAAAGUGUCUCUACCAAAAAUACAAAAAAUUAGCUGGGUGUGGUGACGCUUGCCUGUAUCCCAGCUACUCAGGAAGCUGAGACACGAGAAUCACUUGAACCUGGGAGGCAGAGGUUGCAGUGAGCUCAGAUAGCGCCACUGCACUCCAGCCUGGGUGACAAAGCGAGACUCCGUCUCAAAAAAAAAAAAGAAAGCAGAUCUUCAUGGCUAUAGAGUUGGCAUUUUAGC